AAAUCGAAUCGUACGAGUGACGCAAUCCGGAUGCUGGAACGGUGCAUCCAGCUUGAACCGCUGUUCGUCGGCGCGUAUCUGGAGCUGGUUAAGCUGUACGGUGGUAACCGGUGGCAGGCCGGUCAGCUGCUGGCCCGGAUCGUUCACCUAAGCCCCUACAAUGCCGACCUGCGGCGACAGUAUGGCGACUGGUUGAUGGAGCAAAACAUGCUGCUCGAGGCGAUCAAACAGUACCAGGAAGGGAUCCGAAUAAUGGAAACUCAUCAAUUAUCCGUGAUUGGAGCCUGCCGGUGCCUGCGCCGGAUGGGCCAGCAGGCGCGCCUACACCAAAUGGUCCUGAGAUGGCAAUUUAUAGUUCGCUUAUCGAACGGUGGCAUACCGAUACAGAACGAUAUCUAUCUGCGUGAUUGGAGCAUCAAGCAUGAGCUCCGUAACCGGGCGAUGAUAUACGACAGUGGUGGUGGUGGUGGUGGUGGUGGUGAUGGUGCGGACCGCAUUCCCGGCAGCUCAUCAUCGAAGGGCGAAGGAACGACGGUGGCAGGGAGCCACAGCUCCGACCGACCAAGGCAACGAGCAUCAGGAGGAGCAGCACCAGGAGCAGAACCAGCAUUGGCAGCAGCCGCACCGUGCCGCAACACCGAAGCCGCCAGCAUAAAAGAUUGCAGCGUACCACGACUGGGACGUCACUACGAGGGAGGCACCGGGCCAGUGGCCUCCAGCGAACCGGAACCACCGGCCGAGAUCAGUAUACGGAUCUUGCGCACACCGCACUGCAAUCGAUCCGAGCAUCUGCCGAGCUCGCUGAAAGCCUGCAAACUGGCGGCACCGGCCGCGACCUCCUCGUGCGGCUCAUCCCCAACGACCACCUCGUCAUCGGCAUCUUCUCCUUCGUCGCCGUCAUCGCCAGCUUCUUCGUCGGGAAGCGUGAAAGCGAAAAAGUGGUCCAAAGCACGCCACAAACCGCACAAACAGCGCCCCCGGACGACGACUGCACCGGACUCGUUGGACUCGAACGGAGCGCUCGCCCCGCUGCUCGUCUCCAAUUUGCUCGAUAAACUAUAAUUCUCGCGCGAAGGGACGGUGAAAUAGAGAGAGAGAGAAAGAGAGAGAGCGAGCGAGAACCAUUAAACAGCGUUCAAGCAGAACUGCUAGCAGCAUGAAGGUAGCAUUGCGGAACUGAAAUGCACACCUCGACAUACACACAGACACACACUGACACUCACUAAUAAGCAAUGGAACCAUGGAUAAAAAAAACGGGGAAAACCCGAAACCAGAAGACGGUCCGGGGCAGCAUAAAACUAUAAAUCGCAUUAUAAUGCUUGAAAUGAAAUAACCAAACCAAAACAAUACACACACUGACUCACACACACUGAAGGGCCGUUGCGUGUCGUCUGUGUUUUGGUAACAGCAACAGUAAAUGUAUAUACAUGUGUGUAUGUGUGCGUGUGCGUAUGUGUGCGUGUGCAGCGCACAAGGAAGUAAAAGAGUGAGAAGCCUAGUGAUCAGAUAGAUUGUAAAUCGUUUUUUUCCCUCACGCGGAGAAAAAGCAGUGGGGGAAGGGAGGGACCCCGCAAUCGAUGCAAUGUUCGCUGUAACAUACUAACCUAUAAGACUGUAGUGAUGACGUUGAUGAUGAUAACGAACGAAUGAACAAAUGAAGAUGAUGAUUACGGGGUAAACAACCGUUAAUUGAGACCAGGCGAAAGAAAACAGCGUCGCGGGGCGGGGAAAAUGCUUUGAAAACCAACUUUGCUCAAAACAUACAAAAGCGCACGUGUUCGCUUGGCCGGGUGAAUCCGGCUACAUCAUCCGGCACACCGGCACCCGGUCAUUCCGGGAAGGUUACAUUAAAGGCAAUGUGCGAAGGCAAUGGUUUGAGGGAGUUCCACAAUGGAUGAAACCAUGUGUGUAUAAAUGGUUCACCACCCCGCGCGGGACGAAAUUCCAUCUCACAACCGCAACCAUUCCUUCGGACACUUGCUCCAGGGCCACCGGUCUCGCGAGCAUCGAUCGAUCAGCCCGAUCCAGAGCCUCCGCUCUCGGGAACAAAACGUACCAAACGGACUGUAAAUAAUAGGAACCGGUGCGCGCUCGCCUCGUGUGCGGUUUGCUAGCGUAGUGUUUAACGAAAUGCGUUAUAACAAUGGCCCAACGCCAAGGGAAAGCAGAAUGAAUAGGGAUGCGAUUAUGCUCAGCAUUUCGUAAUGCGCUCGCAUCCCCCAUCGCCAGUACGUCCACUAAAAAAGGUCAAAAUUCCUGUCAGUAACGGUUUGUUUAAAAGCGGAAUCAAAACGCAUUUUGGUUUUGUGCGUUGUUCUCAGCACCCACAAACACCCUCCCCCACCCGGAACACACCCUUCAUCAACCUAUCGGCUACUAGGUUUUUGGCUAGGAACGAAUAACGAAUUUAGCAAAACAAUCGCACAAGCACCGGCCAUAAAGAAGCAACCCAAACCGGGCCGACGGUGGCGAAACAAUAGAGACAGGGCACCCCAAAACAGGGGUAGAAAGUGGGUAAAAGAUGGUAGUGGUGAGAGGGUUUUUGCAGACACUGCAGGUUGGAAUAGGUACACGGGACCGGAAGGCGCACAAAUCAAUUACCGACAGAGAGAGCAAGCAAGCGAGCGAUGAAAAGACAAAGGAAGGGGUUUUCAACCCUUGCAAAUGCCCAUCGUACACCUUCUCCAGGGGGAAAAAACGAUGGAUGAUGGGGGUUGAAAUGAGCGCAGCGCAAUCUCGUAACAAUAACAGU